AUGACGACGACGACGAGCCGCAGCAGCCGCUUCAAGAGGAUUUGCGUCUUCUGCGGCAGCAGCACCGGCAACAAGACCACCGACCGCGACGCCGCCAUCGACCUCGCCCAGCACCUGGUGUGGAGGGACAUCGACCUUGUGUACGGGGGAGGCAGCAUAGGGCUCAUGGGCCUUGUCUCGCAGGCCGUCUACCACGGCGGCAGGCAUCGGGUCGCAUGCAUGCCGCUAAUGCUGAUGCUGGGUGCAUGGCAGGUGAGCGGCGAUACUUGGGGGGAGGUGAGCCCGGUGGCGGACAUGCACCAGAGGAAGGCAGAGAUGGCCACCCACUCCGACGCCUUCAUAGCCCUGCCUGGAGGAUACGGAACUCUGGAAGAGCUGCUUGAAGUGAUCACCUGGGCACAGUUAGGCAUCCAUCGUAAGCCGGUUGAGCUGGUGAAUGUUGAUGGGUACUACGACUCCCUGCUGGCAUUCAUCGAGCAGGCGGUGGAGGAAGGGUUCAUCAGCCCCAGCGCUGGGUGCAUCAUCGUCUCGGCUCCCACGCCAAAGGAGCUCAUGGACAAGCUCGAGGACUACGUGCCCUACUACGACCGAGUUGCGUCCGGGCUCAAAUGGGAGUCGGCAAGCAGCUAGCGUGCGUUGUCUCUCGGCGGCAUGAGGCAACAGCCUGCAUGCUGCCGUGCUGCGGCUGC